ACAAAACAUUUUGAGUCCGGCCCUUUGGAAAGUCAGUCUCCAUAAACCUGAGAACUGAAGCGGGCCGGCGACUACACCUUCCGAAGUUCAAAACCCUAAAAUCAAGUCAGUUCUCUCGACCGCCGGAUCUUAUGGAGGAAAAAAGCUUUUCCAGACAACAACAACGAAUGUACGACGAAAGUUACAUUAGGGCCAAAGAGGACAUGAUUAGCAAACUCCCCGAUUCUUUGUUAUCUCAGAUACUCUCCCACCUUCCGACAAAGGAUACCGUCAGGACAAGUGUUCUGUCCCAUAAAUGGAAAAGCGUUUGGCUUUUGGUUCCUAAUUUGGAUCUGUCCUCUUCCGAGUUCCCAGAUUACACUGCCUUUGCUAGUUUCAUAGACAAGCUUCUAGCUUUCUCUAGAGAAGAGAACUCAGUCUUGUACAAACUCAAUCUAAGCCUUCAGAAAGAUGUGAAUGAUCAGUCUUGUGUCACACGGUGGAUAGAUUCUGUGGCUAACCCUAAACUCAACCAUCUUGAUGUUGAGUGUACACUUGCCAACCGUAUCUUUCUAGAGGCGAUCCCACAAAGCCUUUACACAGAAUGCGACACGCUGGUGUAUCUAAGACUCCAUCGUGUCUCCUUGGGCGAGUUAAACUCUGUAUCUUUGCCUUGUCUCAAGACCAUGCGCUUAGAACACAACGUCUACGCCAGCGACGCGAGUCUGGAGUCGCUUAUCUCGUCUUGUCCUGUUCUUGAGGAUUUGAGCGUUGUUAGAAUGGUCCCGGAUAACGUGAGGGUUGUGCGUGUGAGGUCUCAGUCCUUAACUAGCUUUCAUGUGGACUAUUUGCUUGGUGAUGGCGAUGACUUUGUUGAAGAUCUGGAGAGAGAAGGCUCAGGGGUUUUGAUUGACGCGCCUAGACUCGAGUACUUGAAGUUCGAUGAUGAUCUGUCGGACAGCAAAGUCAUCACCAAUCCUGUGUCCUUGGAGAAAGUCAACCUUGCUUACGUCUUCGGUGAGCAUGAUUUCACCGAUGUAGUCGACUUGCCUAAGCGAAACAUGGUCCGUAGCUUUUUCAACAGCAUUUCAGGAGUUAAGGAGAUGAAGCUCUCUUCGCAUACUAUGGAGUUUCUUGAUAAUAACAGGGAGUACAUGUCAUACGACCCGUUGCCUCAGUUUUGCAACGUUUCCACUUUAAAAGUGGCGUUUCACGUGUCGAAUCUGGAUAUGAUGCCAACCCUUCUUGAGAGCUUCCCAAAUCUAAAAUCACUCGUCUUAAAGCUGGAUCAUUAUGAUCCUUCGAGGGAGGAGGAAGCAGUUGAUUUGAGACUCUCACCUGUACCUCAGUGUUUGCUGUCAUCACUAGAGUCUGUAAAGAUAAAGCGUUUCAACAGAGGGCCUUUUAACAUGGAAGUAGCUGGGUACUUUUUAGAGAACUCACAAGUCCUCAAGAAACUUGUUCUGGAUUUUAAAUGUUCAGCAUUUGAACAAGGGUUUUACAUGUUGAGGGAUCUCCUCGCGUUGCCCAGGCGAUCUAGCUCGUGUCAAGUCCUACUUUGUUGAUGGCUGGAAAGGUGUGUUGAUCAGAGGGAGAGUAGCAUUUCAUGUUGUUUUGUUAGACUAAAUUUGGAUUUUGAUUUUUCUUUUUUUUGGUUGAAUUCUGUUGUGAUGUCGUUUUGUGUGGAUGAUGAUCGAGAAUUCUAUAACUUUUAAACUAAUUUUGGUCUUCCCUUAAGCCA